UAAAUAGUACAACAAAUAACCCAAAAUACUUGGUAGUUUUACGAGUACGAUCUAGUGAAGUAAAUAUGCAACGACCUUUUUCGCAAUUUGCUUUGGUUCUAUUCGCCUUAAUCUCCAGCCUUUUUAUGGCUUCCAACGCCAGCGGACGAAAGAUGAGUUUUUGGGAAUCGCCUUCGUCCGCCGGCGGUGCAUCAGGGAUUACGCCGAGUGGUGGAUUUGGCUCAGCCCACGGGCCUAGUGGGGACUAUAAUUGGGCCUGGGGCUCAAGCCCAGGAGCAGGGUGGGGUUACGGCUCGGGUUCAGGAAGAUCUCCAAGCGGUGUUGGAGAAGGCUGGGGGUUUGGGUUUGGAUCCGGCUCGGGUAACGGGUUCGGUUCUGGUAGCGGAUCAGGGUACGGGUACGGAUCAGGUGACGGUGAAAAUGGUGGAUAUGGUAGCGGAGAUGAAGGAGGUGUCAAAGGAAGCGGUCAUGGUGGUAGCUCUUCAGAUGACCUUGGUGGACGUUUAUGAUCUAUUGAUGACUUGUAAUUAAUUAUGAUCAAGUUUGAGAUCAUCUUUGAAUCACGAACUUGAUUUUAUAGCUUUCAGUUCAAGCUCAAAACUUUGACAUAAACAAGGACUAAAC